AUUUAGGUAUUGCGGAGAAGUUUUACUCUCUGAUGAACUGCUUGUCUCACGUGCGUGCUUAUGGUUCGGCUUUAUUUAGAAAGGCUGGUAAUUUCAUUGCUACUACUACUUUAAACCAAUGCCAUUUCCCUUAGGGAGAAGAAAUUUUCAAAACGCCGGUGUUAAGACUGCGGAUUUAGAGUUUCUGUUGGCAAGAUUUCGCACUCGGUGCUACUCUUCCCGCAGUAGUAAUAGUGGCAGUAGUGGUAGGAAAAAAACAUCUAGGACCAAAAAAGUCGACCCUGAGCAACCACUGAUGGAAAACGAGAAAGAUGCAUUCUUCGUAGUGAGAAAGGGAGAUGUUGUUGGUGUUUUCAAGAGCUUUGCUGAAUGUCAGGCUCAAGUAGGUUCCUCGAUAUGUGAUCCUCCAGUCAGUGUUUACAAAGGCUCCUCCUUGACGAAGGAAACUGAGAAAUAUUUGUCUUCCCGUGGGCUCAAGAAUGCUCUCUACACUAUUAAAGCUGCAGAUGUGAAAGAGGAUCUUUUUGGAGAACUUAUCCCCUGCCCUUUUCAAGAACCAGCUUCUUCUAAGGUUGAAACAUCUCAUAACGAUGGAACCAAAAAGAGACCACAGUCAGAGUAUGGGGGACUGGGAUCACUUGAUUCACCAGUUGUAGCUGAUCCUGUGAGAAAGCAUGCCAAGUUGGAUCCGCACGCUGAGGUUCAAACAGCAUCCUCUGGUUAUCUGUCUUGUAUACUUGAGUUUGAUGGUGCAUCAAAAGGAAAUCCUGGACCAGCUGGUGCAGCAGCUGUGUUGAAAACUGAUACUGGAACUGUGAUUUGCAAAUUACGUGAGGGUUUGGGCGUAGCAACCAAUAAUGCUGCUGAAUAUCGUGCUGUAAUUUUAGGGUUGAAACAUGCUCUUAGAAAAGGUUAUACAAACAUUCGUGUUCGAGGUGACUCAAAGCUCGUUUGUAUGCAGCUGCAGGGUUUAUGGAAAGUCAAACACGAGCACAUGUCUGAGUUAUAUGAGCAGGCAAUGAAACUGAAAGAUAAGUUUCUUUCAUUUCAGAUCAAUCAUGUUUUAAGGGAACUGAAUGGGGAGGCUGAUGCUGAAGCCAACUUGGCUGUCAAACUUGCUGAAGGUCAAAUCCAGGAGGAGUUAGCCUAAGUUAUUGAUUGUGCAGGCUGGAGUAUUUGUGGUGCAAAUUAUUUUAAAUUUAAACCCCAGAAGACCAUAUGGUUGUUGGCCUUCAAACGCAGCUCUGCGAGUAACAAUAUAUCAUGUUUGUUUUUGUUUGUGGCAGAGACAUGUUAAUGGGGUAACAAAUUCAAAUGGCAUACAUUUUCAACAUUGUUGUGGG